AUGGUGUUCAGUCUGGUGAAGCUGGCGUACCUAGAGUGCAGCGCUGAACAGCGGUUGUGGUAUAACUCGAUACAGGGACCGGUAGUGCCGGUCGACGUACGCGACUGUUGCGAAUAUCUGAUUAAAGCCAGAAAAUUCGCGCUGCUGUUGACGAACUGCCAGCAACCGGACGUGUGUUUGAUUGCCGCCGAUAAAGGGCACGUCGACUGUCUGCGAGUGGCGCACGUCGCGGGCAUGCCGUGGAACUCGCACACCAUGACCGCGGCCGGCAACAUCGAGUGCUUGAGUUACGCUCAUCAGAACGGCUGCGAAACGGCCAACGUGGAAUUGAUGGCGUCGUUCAGCGGUUGGAAACUCAGUAUGUUGCAAUACACGUACGCGUGGCAACACCACUUCGAUUUCCCGACCAACAUGUGCUCGUUGGCCGCGCGUUUCGGCAACGUCGAAGUGUUGAAAUGCCUGCGCGAGUUGGGCCUCGAGUGGGACGUCAGUACGACCGCGGGACGGCGCCCUACAACCGUCUGGCUUACUUGGAUUACGCGCGAACAAACAACUGAGCAGACGUGCGCCGCCGCCGGGUUAAACGGCCAUUACAGGCAGUGGAUUUACAGGAGCCUAAAGUAUGCGCACCGGCACGGAUGCGAAUCGGAAGUUAAUACACUCUUUUUGGCGCUCAUCAACGUCAAGAUGAAGUGUUACAAUUACGCCCUCCAAAACAUUAGCUCCUUGCCAGAUCGGCUGCGCGUAGGCGGGGAAAUAUUUGAGUAG